GGCAAGGAAAGAGCGGCGGCCUUUUUUGUAGUUUUUGUUGAUGAAAUAAAAAGACAUCAUUUAAAUAAUAAUCUAGUAUCUAUAGCGAAUAAGUAAGGUGUGAAAAUGUGCAACAUGCUGCUGAUGGCAUUGCUCAACAGCGUGGACUUCUACAUACGUAGCAAAGCUUCGGUGAUGUAUAAAGAAAGGACUAUGUUUUUUAUGAUGUCCCAGUGACAUAACAUCGUUGUAUAAAUAUUUAAGAAUAAUCUAAUCCUAAUCGCGCUUCAUACUAAAUGGCAACAGCAUUAAAAAGGCAGAGAUCGCGGCGAAGAAUAGCCGCAGUAACGUUUUUGUCGAAUAUUUCUCUGGACGGCAGUUAUAAGGACACCCGGCUAGCCCUUCUACCCAGGAAUGGGGCCAUUACGAAAACACCUUUCAUAGGAGAGGUAGUCCCAGAAGAGUCAGAUGGGCCUGAUGAUUGCUUUAGCGAGCCCGAGCAACAGCCUCAUCAUAUCCUCAGGGAGAAGUUGCAGCAGAAUAGUGCAAAGAGAUGCCCUCAGAGGGCAGCAGCAAGACAUGGCAACUGCAGUGACACCCAUUCCUCCAGCACAGACUCUGAAGGCGCAAUUGCUGCUUGCAGGACCAUUUCUGAGGAGUAUGCUUUUAAACCAGUUAGAAACAGGUAGA